CCAUGUGUAGUGACAGACAGCACACCCACUGGUGCAGAUACUUCUUCUCCUUGUUCACAACAUUUUCAUGACUGCAGAGAGGUUCAGACACACGUGUGGACAUCAGCGUUGGAGAUAUUUUUCUUUUGCAUGUCACUAUGCGCUGGUUUCUGGCUGGAUACUGUGGGCUUGCUUUGAUCAAUAUCUCAGUGGCCCUGAACCAAGCCCCGCUGGUCACCCAGCAGCCCCGGUUCUAUGCUGUGAAAACUCGCCGCUCUGUGGGCAUUCGCUGUCUGCUCUCACGGCCACAUCUGUCACACAGUGCGCAGUGGUACAAGGCUGCUAAGUACGAUGCUGAAAAAACAGAGGUUGUGGCCGGACAAAGGAUUAAAAUUGUAACCAAUGUGCCCGACAAAACCUUUCUCUUCAUCCAUGAUCUGUACGUAGAGGACAGUGGAGUGUACUUCUGCAAGUUAAACAACAGUUUAUGGGGACCUGGGACCGAAGUUCAAGUUGUCAGACCUUUUGACCAUAAGAAGGCACUGUACAGGACCAGGAUGAAGGAUGGUCUCAUUAUCCUCCAGGGCCUGCUGUUGGCUGUGUGUAUUGCUGCUAUACUGCUACGCAAACGAAACAUGUCUGAAAAGGGGGACAGCAUAUACGAGGAGCCUGAAACUGAUCACAUCUACGAGGGCUUGGCGAUUGAGACAUGUGGAGGAGGUCUGUAUGAAGAACUCUCUGUGUAUGCGCAGGCUGAAGGAGCUGAGGCCCCAUGGGAGUGAGACUGAACUACUAUUAAGAUGACGAGAUGUCAAAUAUACAACCUUACAAUAACUUACGACUAAAAUUAUACAUUGUCUAGAGUCCUUAAUGGGCCUGCUCAGAUGGGGAGAUUUGUCCUUUUCUUCUAGUACAAUGUUUGUUGGUAAACAGCUUAUUCUAACAUGCUUGCUACUGUAUAUGUGCACAUGUGCUGUUAAUUUUAUGCUAUUUAGUAACACUGGAUUGAAUUAAUCAGAUGUGAUUUCAAGUCCACUGAAGUUUAAAGGAACCAUUCUACAACUGAGACUCGACAGCUGACAUUUCAGCUGACAUUUUUGGUGCUUCAAGAGGCUUUUUUUUUGUGUUUUAAAUAAGAAGUGCUGUGUAUGAUUUUUAUAAUCUUUCUCUCUCUCUAAUUAUUUAAGAACAUGCUCAUCACAAAUCUUUGUGAGAGAAAAUGUUACAUAAAUCUUGUGUGCAUCAGAGCCUGAGCAAGGCUCCACUUGUUUCUGUUGUGUGAUUAUAUUAAACAAUCUGUAUACCUGUGGUUUAUGUAACAGGAAUAAAAACAAUAAAAACAUUUUCAUUUGC